CCUAUCCAUCCCAUUUUCUUGGUGGAAGAAAAUAAAACGUGGCAGUGGCGGGUACACAAACCAUUCACCGCGCCAAAGGUUCCUCGCCGACGCAGUAAACGCCGUUCAAUGAAGCGACGUCGUUUAGUAAGCGAAUCUCAAACACAAAAGUUCAACCAAAUCAAAACCCCCCUCCAAUCUAUCAAGAAAAGGGAAAGAGGAAGCUGGAAAUUUCCCCCAAUCGGAGCUCCGAUGGAUCACUACAAGGUGCUGGGACUUCAUCGGAGCGCGACGAAAUCGGAGGUAAAGGAAGCCUUCCGGCGGCUUGCUGUCCAAUUCCACCCGGACAAACAUUCCCAAUCCUCCAGCCAAGUGAGAGACAGCGCAGCUCACCGAUUCAAGCAGAUCUCCGAGGCAUACCAGAUCCUCAUCGACGAUCGAAAGCGCGCCGAUUACAACGUCCGCCGCUCCACCGCCCAACCCCACGGCGGCGGCGGAUACGCCGGCAGCAAGUACCACUACAACAACCGGUCAUCGUCCUCGUAUAAUUCAUACGACGGUGGUGCGCGGCGGAGGAGCAGCAGCGGAGUGUCGAUGCUGGAGGUCGCGAUCCGGUUCAUGACGACGAGGGCGUUCCUGCUGAACGUGGCGUUCGCCGGAUGUCUGUUGGGCGGCGCGAAAAUGAUCGACGGCGGCGGCGAGAGGAUGUGGAAACGGUGGAAUACCGGGAAAUCGUUCGAGGAAGCGAUGGAUUCGAUCGAGAAGGCCAAAUCGCGGCAACGGCGAGGGCCUGAAGACGAUGAUUGAAUUGGGGGGGGAGGGAACUUAAUUGAGUUUACAUUUAAGUGUAUAAUUAAUCAACUUUGGAAUAUCGUUGGACUUUGAGAAUCCAUUUCAUCGUUUUUAACCGUCAUUUGUGGUUGUGGAGAUUGAAACUGUAUGCAAGGGAAAUGGCUCAGCAAAAGGAGGUUGAGUGGCGAUUUUGGGGAAGGGAAGGGAAGGGAAGGCUUGCAGAUGGAAGGAAACCGGAGUUUGGUUCGACCGGCCACCCAUUUUUACUUUUCCCCAAUUACUUGUUGACUGUGUAUGUAAUGCUGCCGUAAACCGUAAUGCUUCUUCUCGUAACUAAAUAAGCUCCGGACAUUUGGUAGGAGGAAGGUGAAGUAUGAAAUUUGAUAAUGUAAUGGGCAUCUUACAAUCGUUACUAACUUUUAUUCUGCCCGUUGGCCGAUUAAUUUGUUUUAUAAAACUUUCAUCGUGUC